AUGUCUCUCCUGAUCAAAUUAAACAUACUCAUCUUUCUUGCCACACUCUUCGGACCGAUGCAAGUUCCCGCCGCGUGUCCCUCUGAUUAUCCUACCCUAUGGUGCACUACAACUGCGAGUGCAGGCGGUAACGCGGUUAAGGAUUGUAGACUGCAUUAUCCGACGGAUCAGGGGGUGUGUGAAAAACCUGGUGCCGGACGAUUAGGGCCAAAAAGAAAUUGUUGCCGAGCUUUUCUUCAGCCUACUGGACCGUUUUUGACAACCAACCUUGAAAAUCUCGAUCAUUUACUUGCUCAAGGUCAAGAUUAA